AAGCCGAUCAGCGAGGCUGACAGGCUGCGAGGACACUCCAGCCUUGUAGCCUGUCACCUCUGGAGGAAUGAUGAGCGCCUGGCAGACGUAGGCUCUGAUGGAUUUGGAGAAACCUGACUCCCCCUCAGGAAUCCGGAGGCCACUGCCCAGAUGCCAAAUGACCCUCGGGACCAGACGGUCACAGACCUCCCUUACCCAUCUCUUAAAGAUGAGGCUUGUCCACGACUGAGGCCUAGCCCCUGACAACCAACUUCUACAGAUGUUGCUCUGAGAUUCAAUUAGCAUAGGAUGAAGGGGCGGAUGCCACUGAAGCUACCAUAGCAGCAAGGACCUGUAUCCAGGUAACCAGGUCCUCGGGCGGUUUUGCUUUUGCAGAUGCUGCAAUAUAAGAACCCAACUCACCUUGACCAGCAACAGGAACCCUGGAAUCGGCUCAACUCAAUUCCCACGAUUACCUCCGUUAGGCGGAAUUCUUAUUUUUUUGAAUCUGAGAUUCCAAAGGACAAUCUGGAUUUCCGCUUAGCUGUCUUGUACAACCACCACACGGGGUCGUUCAAGAACAAAAAUGAGGCCCUGAUGCACCAGGAGACCUCCAAGGACAGCCGUGGGAUCAUCAACAUCCAGGCCCCUAGAGAACACUUACCCGCUGCCCCACCACUGCCCACCACCCCCCGAGCUAACAUCCGACAAUGGAUCAGCCCUAAGAGGGAGUCCAUCCACAGCAUCCAUGGGUCCAUCGUGUCCCCUCACACUGCAGCCACCAACAGAGGCUACUCCCGAAAGACGGACGGUGGCUUCUUCUCCACCUGAUGCUGACAGGCCCCUGGAUUGAUUAGUCGAUGGGACAGCCUGCUGCCCACCUUCAUUAAAAACAUUUGCGCAUGGUGAA